UGAUGAUGUGAUUCUGCUGAUUGUUUUGACAGUACUGAGGCUAAGUUGAAUUCUCACUAUAUCUAAGUUGAAUUUUGCUAAUGCUUCUCGGGUUAAUUGCAGGAAUGGGAACUGAAGUGCAGUCGAAGAUGUAUUUCCCGGGAUAUUAUUCCAUACAGAAUCUGAGCAGCAAUGUCGGCCAUGGGAGCUGGUCCCUACUCCACGAGAACACGAACUUGAAGAAUGGGCAGCAAUACGAAGUGUUCUUGACAAGGCCAGUUAUUGAUGGAUUUCACGGACGCGAUAAGGAUGAGUCAAUUUUCAGGCAUCAUCUCAAUGAACUCCAUCGUCUUUACGAAAGGCAAAAGGACCUGAUGAACGACAUCAAAAGCAAAGAGCUGAUCAAACAACAAAAGGUAGCAGGGUCACAAUCAACUUUCUCAUCAUUCGGCUUUCCAACUGGAGACGACAGAAAGAGUUGGUCCAUUUAUGGUAGACAAUCUACAUCGAGUACUUGUAUCAGCCACUUUCCUUACGAUUCUAUUGGAAAAACACUGCAAAACAGCGGUUCGAAUGCCGCUUCUGCACAACAAGUGGUAUCAGAGCCCAGUUCCGUGAAUAAUGUUGGCGCUACAGUGAACAGUGAACUGCUACAGUAUCUGUGA